AUGUUCGGUCCAGUGACCAAGAAACAAAGAGGUCACUACGUAGCUAUCGAUACCAGCUCAACUCAGUUGGAACAGAAAGCGCGCCUAUAUAGUGACGUCAUCGACGAGAAUCCAUCCAUGUGUCUCGUCUUCUGGUAUCAUAUGUACGGAGCACACGUUGGAACACUAAAUGUUGGCUAUGGAGACAUGACCGGUUAUCCAGUUGGUCCUGCAAUCUGGACCAGGUCUGGGGAGCAGGACUACAACUGGCAGUACGGUCACAUGGCCGUCUCACCCACGUCUUCCACUCCACGUGUAUUCUUCGAAGGCAUCGCGGGAAACGGGGACCAGGGAGAUAUAGCAAUUGAUGACGUCAUAAUUGUGAAUGAUUCGUGCCCUGCACUUUUAUAUUGUGACUUUCAAUCCAGUGAUCAAUGCGGUUAUACAAACGAUGAUGACGCAAGAUUAGAAUGGACCAGGGACCGAGGGCUCUCCGCCGUAUCCACAGGACCCUACGUAGAUCACUCAACAGGUACAGCCGAUGGGUUCUAUAUGAGAGUCAAAACUGGUCAGAUUCUACGCAGAGGCGAUCAAGGUAUCCUUACCUCGCCAUCGUACCCGCGACCCAUCAGCGGCUAUCGUUGCCUGGAAUUCUGGUACAUGAUAAAUGUGGAUAUAGGGGAGUUCACAGUCACUGCAGUGUUCUUGGAUAUUACCCGGUCUGAUGUCUCAUCCCUAUCUCAAACAUUUACGGGUCCAACGGGGAGCUUCUGGCGGAAGGGGUCAAUGGAGGUCGAGACGAUUCAAGAGAAUCUCUUCCGGUUCACGCUGACCGUUGAGGAAACUAUAUCCGGGGCCUAUGUUGCCAUUGAUGACGUUUUCGUGAAAGGCGAAAGAUGUACUGGACAGGAAGGUUCAUGUGACUUUGAAGUCGACCUGUGUGAUUGGUCGAACACGGAGAAUCGUGACGAGAUUGACUGGUUACGUCACAGCGGGGACACAGGCAACGAACUGGGUAGCCCCGAUGUCGACCAUACCACCGGGACUCCGUCGGGCUGGUACUUGUUCAUCGACUCGUCUCUGAGCUCUUUCGGCUCACGGGCGAGACUCGAGUCGACCGGCCUCGAGACCGGUUCAGCCUCGGUCUGUUUCGGUCUCUGGUAUCACAUGACUUGCUCUGGGGAUAGCGAAAAUACUUUGACUGUUGCCACGGAGACCGCUUCAAAUUCCGUCAACCUUUGGACCUUCACGGGGGUCAAAGGUCAAGAGUGGAAUAAGGAACAAAUGAGCUUUGCACAUUCUGGCCCGUAUAGGCUUUUAAUUGAAGGGACACUGGGGGCAUCAUCUCUUUGUGACGUAGCAAUAGACGACCUCACAUUUAGCGAGGGCGCCUGCGACGACGAAGGGACACCAGCCCCGCCGUUUGAGUGUGCAACUGGUGGGCUGGUGAUCAACCCUCAACAGAUAUGUGACAUGCGAUCAGAUUGUCCCGAUGGAUCAGACGAACUCAAUUGUGGUAUAUGUAACUUUCAAGAAGACCAAUGUGGAUAUACAACCGAUCCCACCAGUCUCUUUCCAUGGAUCCGAUAUGGCAAAGAUGUCCCGACCACACCGCCUCCAACCCUUGUACUUCCUAUAACGAAUCCCUUCUAUUCCAACCGGACAUACAUGAUUGUUGACAACACGGCAAUGCCAGUAGAUGGGACUGAGUACUCCAGGUUGGUCAGUCCGGUGAUUCAGGAGGUUGGCUCUGACUGUCUCAUGGAAUUUUCCUAUUACCUGAGUGAGCUAGACACUCUCAUGGUGACCUAUACAAGUGAUUUUGAAGAAGAGACGACCCUCUACCGAGCAGCUAAGCCUACCAUUGAUUCUUGGCAGCCAGCUGUCCUAUCCGUGGGACGCAUUAGUCAUCCAUUCCAGUUUAACUUUUUAGCGACACAUUACAUUGGGGGAACCCCCGGGGUUACAGCCAUCAGUGACGUCACAAUGAUCAGAUGUGGCUUCCCCGAACCAGAGGAGACAUGUAUUAGCGAGUUCAGCUGCUCGAACAGGGCGUGCGUUUUCUUCAGUGACGUCUGCGAUUUCACUGAUGACUGCGGCGACUACUCGGAUGAGAUCAUGUGCGAUCCUGAUAGACACACAGCCCGAUGUAACUUCGAGACCAAUCUAUGUUCCUUCUCACAUAUUCCUUGGGACUACCCCUGGAUUCGUACGGCCAGUGUCCACGUUCCCGACAAACAGUACGCACCGACCAGAGAUCACACGACCAAUGGAGCCAGCGGAUACUACUUGCUGGCCGAAGCCUUCGGGAGAGACAAAGGGGACGUUGCAAGGAUGGCGUCCCCGGUUUUUCUAGAAACAGGAAUAGCGUCGACGUGCACCAUACGGCUCUUCAUUUUUGGCAAUGGUCCUGACGUUGGAACCUUAAAUAUAUAUACCAGGACGACCAAUGGUGGUGCUCUAAGUCUUGUCCGUAGUUAUUCUAACUUUGCGAGCGACAGUUUCAUCAAUAUUGAUGAGAGUUUGAUCGUUCUUGACAAUUUCCAAGUUAUCAUCGAAGCGAAAGUUGGCGAAGGGCCCGAAGCUGCCAUUGCGAUCGAUGACGUCAGCUUUUUGAACUGUGACCUCUCCGAAGAUCCCCUUCCUAUCGGGUCCACGACCCCUGGUCCGAGCACCCUGGCGCCCUGUCCGAACGAAGACGACUUCCAAUGCGGGGAUGGCCAGUGCGUGAGAGAACACGAGGUCUGCGAUUUCCUGACCCAGUGCUAUAACUCUAUGGACGAAAGAUUCUGCGGAAACUGUGAAUUUGAUGAGGAUUUCUGUGGCUCUGUUCAUUUCGGCUGGCGUCGAAGGGAAGCUGGUUCGGAUCCGGGUUAUCUCCCAACCGAUCACUAUUCGAACCCUGCAGCACCAGGGUACUACUUAGAGAGCAGCUAUGGAGCCAACACUUUGACCACGCCUCCAGUAGGCCCUUCCGGUCCGCAUUGUCAAGUAGAGCUCUUUUACUACAUGAGCAAUUCAUCCGCGCAGUUGGAGCUGCGAGUCUACGUGGUAUCGGGACCUCAGCUUGCUUUCUUCAGCGGGAGAGAUUCGGCGGGCCGAUGGGAGAAGGCCACGGUGAUCGUCGGAGAGUUCACUUUCCAGUUUAAGCUUGCAUUCGAUCAUUUAUAUUUCUUGCCUCCCGAUGGUGAAUUCAUGGCUCUAGAUGGUAUAUCAUAUAUCCAAUGCGACAGGAAAAUCCCAACUACGACUUCCCAAACGACUACUUCUAUUGUGACGUCAUCUAAGCCUACUCAGUCCCAGCCUCCUACAACAAAUGGCAUACCAACAACAACACGCCCUACCACCGUGACCACUCAAUCAACUAGAGGGGUGCCAGAGAGUACAACAAAUGAUGUGAAAACGACAGUGGAAGAAAACGAUGAUCCACCGGAAAAUUCUCCGAAUACUGCUCUUAUCGCCUCUCUGUCAGCCGUGUUCGGUGUAAUUCUUAUAGGUCUCGUCGUUCUAUCUCUCAUUUUCUGGACCAAAAAUCGAAAAAGAUAUCUAUCAGAUGAAGUUGACAUCCCUAGUUAUAGCAAAACCUCUGAUUCGAUUCAGUUCGCAAACACCAUGGACAAUCAAGACACCACAACAUAACAGGCAUCGGACCGUAUAACCCAACCAGGUGCUGUAACUGUUUGGAAAGGGGUGUGCUUUGUGGACUCAAGCUUAGAUUAAAGGCAACCGCACACCUUACGGUCUUCGACUCAAUUUUGGAGUAAAAUGUAGUAGAAUUUGAUGCUACUAUUGAGACUUGGAAUAUCUUACUGUCUAAUGUUCGAAAUCAUACC